AUGGAUUUGGCGGCAGAGGAGAACAAGCGCCGCGCGGACAGAUGGAUCAAGGGUAUCAAGGUGGGAGAAGGGACAUUCGCCAAUGUGUACAAAGGAACUGAAAAAGUGACCGGACGUCAAGUCGCUAUCAAGAAGAUCAAGAUUGGGGAAAUGAAAGACGGCUUGGAUAUGACCGCUCUACGCGAAGUCAAGUUUCUGCAGGAGUUAAGGCAUCCUAACAUCAUCGAGCUCUGCGAUGUCUUCUCCGUCAAACAAAAUAUCAAUCUUGUCCUCGAAUUCUUGGACACGGAUUUGGAAGCGAUCAUUCGAGACAAGGACCUCAUCAUUCAACAGGCAGACGUCAAAAGCUGGAUGUUAAUGACACUCAGGGGUCUCGAAUAUCUGCAUCGGAAUGGUGUGCUCCAUCGAGAUCUCAAGCCCAAUAAUCUGCUUAUUUCUGCCGAUGGGCUCACAAAAAUUGCUGAUUUUGGUCUGGCGAGGGAAUUUGGCGACCCUGGUCAGCGAAUGACAUGUCAAGUCAUCACGAGGUGGUACCGCCCACCGGAGCUGUUAUGGGGAAGCAGACACUAUUCGUCAUCAGUGGAUAUGUGGUCGGUCGGCACAAUUUGCGUAGAGCUUGUAUGGCGGGCACCUUUCUUACCGGGCGAGACCGAUCUAGAUCAGCUUAAGAGGACAUUUGAGAUGAUGGGCACGCCGACAGAUGACGAAUGGCCGGGGCACAAGGAGCUGCCAGACUAUCACCCGACAGCCAUGCAUCCUAAACAGCCCUGGUGGACCAUCAUAGCCCCCCUUGGUGCCGAAGGCGUAGAAUGCGUUCGGGAGAUGCUCAAAUACGAUCCGAAAGCCAGACUCACAGCUGAGCAGGCCCUACAACAUCGCUUUUUCUCCGUGCUCCCCCGGCCAACAGCUCCUCGCCUUCUGCCAAAACCCAAGGCCGAACUCCGGCCCAGAGCGCUCGCUCCUGACGAGUUUACGGGUAAACCACGGGUUGAGAAUGGGAACAGCAUGAAGAGAAAAGCAGAAUCUCCUGCUGUUGAGCCUUCGGAUGGCAAGCGUGUUGCACGUAGACUAUUUGUGUGAAAUCUGCCGGGUAGAUCUAUAUAUGUCUAAGAUUAUGCGUGAGGCCGUUAUGUAAGCAAAACAGCCACAAUCCACGUCUCUCUA